CGGAUGCUGGUCGUCCUGGUCUUGCCCCUUUGACAUGUUUCUGCUCCUUUUAUUUUCUUUAUGCGCUUUCCUCGCGCUCUCUUCCGCCCAGGCGAGCCCUAAUGUCACUGCCGGCAACAGUGUGACGGACACGGAGACGAUCCCGGCCAGCGGCCCUUCCGUGCACCUCUCCGAGACCGACCACUGGUCAUGGUCUACGUCCAACAGCGCCGUAUUUACCGCUGUGUCCGACGACCCGAACGCAAGUUUUGACGUGAUACUACCUCUCAAUACAACGUCGCUCUCGGUGCUGGGUCCACCUCCAGCGCCCGGGGCUACUUAUGGCGUUUGCGUAGACUGUCAGACCAAUAGCUCCGCUGAAUUCCAGACGGUCACCAUUUCCAACACCACCACGGAUGCCCAGAACCAGACGACCCUCUUCUCCCUCCCGGUGGACCCCUCCACCAACCACACGCUUCUCGUCGUCAACAUGGCCGCGACUCCCAUCGCCUGGAGCUCCAUUAAGGCUAACGUCUUAGCCGCCGAAGAUGGCAGCAGCAGCACAGGAUCUGGGCAAACAGGCGGUCCCCUCUCUCCCGCACCCGGCGGGGGCAACGAUCCUUCCACAACCGCCACCUCGGGAGAUGCCACCACUACCCCCGCCCAAACCCAAACGGGAACUGGCGACGGAAGCGGGAGCGGAACCGGAACCGGACAGCCCACAAGCACCGCUCCGAACACAUCAGGUGCCGCACAGCCCACCACGCCCGCCGGCGGUCCUACGACGGGCGCUUCUCCGACCCAAUCCGGCAACCCGGGUGCCUCGAAUCCAUCUGGUUCGCCUGGUACUACCGCAGGCGUGACUUCAACGGGCACUGGUGCUGGGGCGACGAACGGUAGCUCGAACCCGACAGGUACAGCUACUAAUGGAGGCGGCAACCAGAAUCCUACGGGCACCGAUGGCACCAGUGCUAGCCCUACAGGUACAGGCGCCAAUGGACAACCCACAGGCACCAACGGUACAGGUUCUCCGACUGGAUCUAACGGCACCGGGACCAACGGCGGAUCCAAUCCUACCAGCACUGGCGCAGCCGGUACCGGUGGCGGAUCAACGCCUACCUCUUCCGGUGCAGGUGGAUCGACCACGUCUUCGGCUUCGUCGUCAACUCACAGCGGGGGAAACGGGUCCGGAAACGGCUCAGGUUCAGGCAAGGGUGGGAACGGCUCAGGAGGCGGAUCUUCCCCCGACAAAAGUGACAACAACGGCGGCGGUGGCGGUGGCGGCCUCUCCAAAGGCGCUCUCGCGGGCAUCAUCGUCGCCGCCGUCCUCCUGCUCGUCUUGCUCCCGCUCGCCAUCAUCGCCUUCGUCCUCUACCGCCGCCGCCGCCAACGCCAAAACCAGCUCACGCGCGUGUCCUCCGCCACCGACUCGGAAAUGGCGCACCCGACGCCGUCCAACGCCUCCCUUCUCGCCGCCGUGAGCCGCAUCGGCAGCGCCUCGUCCGUCUCCCCUCCUCCUCCGGCGAUGUCCUACGGCACGAUGAGCGAAACCGGCGGCGCGCCGCCGAGCGUCCGGAGCAGCUUCGGGCCUUCCUCGGCCUACGGCUACGCGCGCUCGGUCACGGCCUCCCCGCCUACGCGCACUAUCACCCCGAGCCCCGUCGGCACCAAAGGGCGCACGAUACCCUUUAUCACGCGCUCCGUCAAGCCGCUCAGCGCGCGCCAAGCCGCUGACCGUGAGUCGUUCGAAAGCCCCGGAGGGGAAGACCUUGGCCUCCUCGCGCCUCCGCAGCCCCCGCCCGCUGCGAUAGGAUACGAUAUGCCGAGAGCUAUCUGAGCUGUAACGCACGGACCUGACUUCUAUUCAUUACGGACAAUCGCAUUCAUUGACAUUGCACUCGUUUGCUCCCCGGCGGAUCGGAGCACCUUGUUAUAUUUAUAAUUUCGUUAUUCGACCUUCUAUAGAGUAGAUCGCCACUGUAGCCCUCAAAGCACCCACGUUCGUUAGGGAGUACGUAUCCCAUGUAGCCAGAGCCACCCAACUCAGAUAAUAC